AUGGGGUACUUCUUCGGCGGAUUUGGUAUACUGCUCUUGACUGGAUGCAUCCUUGUCUUUAUCGCCUGGAAGCCCCUGGGAGACCCCCCAGCCCUUGCAAACCUCGCACUAGCUAUUGUAUUGUUGGCAGUCUUCUUCAUCCAGGCUGGUUUUAAUGCCUGGCAGGAUUGGUCAUCCUCAAGGGUCAUGGCCUCUAUUACCACGAUGCUUCCUGAUGACUGUACAGCCGUUAGGGACUCUGCUACUGUUGUGAUGUCUGCUGUUGAGCUUGUGCCCGGAGAUGUGAUCAAAAUUAAACAGGGGAAUAAGCUGCCUUGCGAUAUUCGGUUUGUCGAGGUAUCGUCCGAUGCUAAGUUCGAUAGGUCAAUACUCACAGGUGAAUCGGAGCCCGUGGAUGGCACAGUCGAGUCUACGGAUAAGAACUUCCUAGAAACUCGAUGCAUUGGCCUCCAAGGGACACACUGCGUUUCAGGUACCGCCACUGGCAUAUGUAUUGCAACUGGAGAUAAAACCGUCUUUGGUCGCAUUGCCAACCUGACGAGCAAACCAAAUCGUGGACUCACACCGAUUCAGAAGGAGAUACUACGCUUCGUCUUGAUUAUCAUUAGCUUUAUCGCCUCUGUUGUCAUUCUGGUUGUGGUUGUCUGGGCUGCAUGGUUGAGGAAAUCUCAUCCAAACUGGAUCAAUGUGCCACUGCUCAUAGUCAAUUGUGUGAGUGUCGGUAUAGCUUUUGUUCCAGAGGGCCUUCCCGUUGCUGUCGCCCUGAGCCUUACAAUUGGAGCGAAAAUCAUGAGAAAGAAUAAUAUUCUUUGCAAAUCUCUUGCUACGGUAGAAACACUUGGAUCAGUCUCCGUGAUCUGCUCUGAUAAGACAGGUACUUUGACUAAGAAUGAAAUGUUUGUUACCGACUGCUUUGCUGGCGGGCAUGAAUACAGGGCAGACGACGUCAAAAAGUUCCAUGGUACCGCGUGUGAAGGCUCUAAUUUUGCUAAUAAUGCCCUGGAGCGCACGCAGGUACUUGGUGCUCUAUGCAAUGCAGCUGAAAUAGAUGCAUCUACUCUCAGGCUUCCUGCGCAGUCAAUGAAAAUACACGGAGAUCCUACUGACCAAGCCAUUCUGCGAUUCUCCGAGUCUCUGGAGCCUACUAAGAAACUAAAGAUGAAGUGGAGAAAGGCCUUCGAGAUCGCCUUCAGCAGUAAAAACAAGUACAUGGUCCGAGUUAUGGCUCCCGUUCCAUCAGCAGAUACAGAAAACGCCGAAAAACAUACAGACAUGGAACUUUCGAUAAAAGGGGCUCCAGAUAUCCUGUUACCACGCUGUCGUACGAUUCUUAAGAGUGAUGGCUCUAUUGCUGCGUUAUCUGACAUGGACAGAGAGUCUAUCGAAAGAACAAAGGACAAAUGGUCUCGCGAAGGAAAGAGAGUGAUACUACUUGCGAGGAAAGACGUCACCCAGGCUGCCGAAGAUAGCCUAAAAAUGGCACAGCCUGAAAAGUCCAUCAUGGAUUACGCGAAAUCCGAUCUUACUUUUGUUGGAAUGUGGGCAUUGAUUGACCCUCUGAGAGAUGAAAUACCGGAAGUGAUUAAAACUUUACGUGGCGCUGGUAUCAGGAUAGUAAUGGUUACAGGAGAUUUUAAACUCACGGCUCAAGCCAUUGCGGUAGAUUGUGGGAUAAUCAAAUCCUUAAAUUCAGUAGUUCAUUCCAUUGAUAACUUACGCCGCGAUUUUGAAAUGGAACAACAGAACCAACGUGAACAGCGAACUCCACUCGUAAUCAGUGGCCCUGAGCUUAUCACUCUCAAUGACAAGCAGUGGGAUCAACUCUGCACAUAUGAGGAAAUUGUCUUUGCUCGUACUACCCCUGACCAGAAACUGCGAAUUGUGAAGGAAUUCCAGUCCCGAGGAAAAAUAGUGGCAAUGACAGGCGAUGGUGUGAAUGAUGCACCGGCUCUGAAAGCUGCGGAUGUCGGAGUAGCGCUAGGUAGCGGAUCUGACAUAGCCAUCGAAGCUGCCGACAUGGUCCUGUUGGACUCAUUUGCCGCUAUUGUCGAGGCCGUCAAAUAUGGCCGCGUCACUUUCGACAAUUUGAAGAAGACUAUCUGCUACCUUCUACCGGCAGGGAGUUUUAGUGAACUUUGGCCUGUUCUGGCAAACACUUUCCUCGGUAUCCCUCAGGCCUUGUCUUCGUUUCUCAUGGUCAUUAUAUGCUUGUUUACAGAUGCUGCUGGGGCAAUUACCUUAUCCUACGAACAGCCGGAGAUGGAUGUCCUCCUUCGGCCUCCUCGCAACCAGAAGACAGACCGAUUAGUCAACGGUCGUUUCAUUCUGCAUGCAUAUGGCUUUAUUGGUGUGUAUGAGUGUCUACUCUCAUUCGUCAUGGCUUUCUGGUAUAUGUCUAGGCGCGGCAUUCCAUUCAGCGCCAUGCUUCUCAAAUUCGGCAAACUGGACCCUCAAUAUGACCCGGCAUAUGUCACCGAAAUAUCCAACAAAGCAUCUUCAAUCUACUUCGUCAACCUCGUCAUUUUGCAGUUCUUCAAUUUGCUGGCCACUCGAACUAGACGACUAAGCAUCUUCCAGCAGCCUCCAAUAUUUAACAAGAAAACACAGAAUCCUCUCCUUUUCGCCGCUAUGCUGUUUUCUCUCAUGAUUAUCUUCAUCUUCUGUUACAUCCCUGGAAUUCAGAACACAGUCGCUACGACAAGUGUUCCAGUGGAACAUUUCUUCCUUCCUAUCGCAUUUGGACUUGGCCUUCUUCUGCUUGAUGAGACAAGGAAGUAUUUUGUUCGUAGUCAUCCGAAAGGCCUAUUGGCGAAGCUUUCCUGGUAG